AUGCCAAAAGAAGGGGAACUAUACCACUUUUGGCAACCCUUCUUCGAACAAUGGGAGGAACAAUGGCCCGCGAGGGCUUCCUUGUUUCCAGGUAUUCCUAUGGAUCAAGUUCUCACCGCGGCUCAAUUAGAGGAGAACGAAAAAUUCAAAGCCGCACUUCAGAAGUGCCUGACGGUCAAAUUCCGUAAUGAUUAUGGUAAUUCAAAGCCUGGCCGCAAAGCGGCUGCAGCGGGCAAUUCGGCUGUCCACAAACUUCUCAGCAAUAUCGUUAAGGGACCCACAGCUGGUCGGAAACGUCCUCUCAAGGAAAGCGAAGUCUACGCUAAAAAGUAUUAUACUACUCGAGUCCAGGCCAGCGUUAAAGAUGAGCUAAAAGCCAUCAAAGAACAACCUGACGUCCCCGAUCCCAAAGAAGACGAACCUUCGGAGGAAAUCUCUCAACUUACGAGAGAGAUGAGGGAAGCAGCGCGCGAGGCGGCGAAGGGGAGGAAAUCAUCUGAGGUGACCAAUGAUCUAAUUAUACCGAGACUUACAGAAAUUCUCUCAACUUUCUUCGGAGAGCUUCAUGAGGCCACAGGAUGGACAUUCAGCGUCCUCCUCGGUGGCCCUGACCCAUCAAAUGGGGGUGCGAUUGAUGUCAGCAGCUUACAUUUUGUGUCUCAUGUUUUCCCUGAAGCUGGGACUUCAAAUAAAACACCCGCUCCAGACGAUAUGCUUACAAACGAUGAUCCUCCAAUGCCUAUGCCUGUAGCGCCUGAUACAUUACAUGGUUCAAACCCCACAUCCCAAGAGGCAGACUUGGCACCUAUCUUGGCACCUAUCUUCCCUCCCACGCACUUAGCGCAAGAAGAGGUAGUUCCUGCGCCACCUGAAGAGCACUUCUACGAGAAUUUCUUCCAACACCUGCCCCCGCUCCUCAAGACAAUGAGAUCAACCAAGAGCUGGAUAGGCCCAUCAUCCCCAUGCCAGAGGGCUAUGUACCCUUCUGUCCACCACCGCUAG